AUGCACGCCAACGGGCUGUCCUUGGCAGCCAUUGCGCUUCUGCUGUUCCCCAGCUUUGGGGCUGCGGCUGCCACUACCCGGCCGGGGAAUCUGCACAAGUCGUCGGUCCGCCAGACCGACUGCCGCAGUGCGUCCAACCGGGCGUGCUGGAACACGGAUGGGUUCGACAUCCACACCGACUACUAUGGGAAGGUGCCGGUUACCAACGUCACGAGGAAGUACACCCUUCACCUCACCGAGGUCGACAACUACCUCGGAGCUGAUGGCGCGAUCAAGGAGAAGGCGAUGUUGGUGAAUGCUGACGAGAACAUAUUUGCACCAGACUGGGGCGACUGGUUCGAGGUCACCGUCUUCAACGACUUGCAACUGAAUGGCACCGGCAUCCACUGGCACGGCCUCCGACAGUACCUGACCAACACCAACGACGGGGUCCCGGGCGUGACCGAGUGCCCGAUCCCGCCGGGCCAGAGCAAGACGUACCGGUUCCAGGCCAGCCAGUACGGCACGACGUGGUACCACACGCACGUGUCGAGCCAGUACGCCUACGGCACCACCGGCAGCCUCGUCAUCGACGGCCCGGCCGCGGCGCCCUACGACGUCGACCUCGGCCCCUUCCCCAUCUCGGACUGGUACUAUCCGAGCGUCGACAAGUUGCUGGCCCGCGCCAUGAGCUCGCUCGACCCCUUCGUGCCGGGCCAGCCCGCCUCGGCCCCGUCCAGCGACAAUUUGCUUUUUAACGGGACCAAUGUGAACCCCAAGGGCCCUGGCGGCAAGUACGCCCGGGUCAUGGUGACCCCUGGCAAGACACACCGACUGAGGCUCAUCAACCCCUCGGCCGACAACACCUUCACUAUGUCCAUCUCGGGCCACAACAUGAAGGUGAUCCAAGCCGACUUCGUGCCGGUGCAGCCCUUCACCACCACCAGCCUCUUCAUGGGCAUCGGGCAGCGGUACGAUGUGGUCGUGGAGGCCAACCAGGGCGGCGGCAGCUACUGGAUCAACGCCACCUUCUCGAGCGUCCCGACGUGCGGCCAGUCGGAGAACCCGUUCCCGGCCGCCAUCCUGACGUACGAGGGGUCCGAGCCCGAGGCCCUGCCCGCGGGCCCGGGGACCCCGCCGCCCGACACCUUUUGCGCCGACCUGGCGGACCUGCAGCCCGUCGUGGCCGUCGACGCGGCCGUGGCCGACUUUGGGCGCGACGCGGCCGCGUCGGCGCUGGCCGUGGCGCUCGACGUCGACGCCGAGUCGUCGCGCGUCUUCUGGACCGUCAACGGCAGCGCCAUCGACGUGCAGUGGGAGAAGCCGGUGCUGCAGUACGUGCACGAGGGCAACACGGGCGGCCUCCCGCGCAGCCAGAACGUCAUCCAGCUGCCCAACAAGGACCACUGGACGUACUGGCUCAUCACCAACCCGUCGCCGGGGCCGCACCCGAUCCACCUGCACGGCCACGACUUCCUCAUGCUCGGCCGCUCCGACGCCGUCGCCAACCCGCUCGACGCGUCGCAGCGCCAGAUCGUCUACAACCCGGCGUCCGACGCGGGCCGGCUGCGCGGCUCCAACCCGGUCCGGCGCGACAGCACGGUGCUGCCGGCCUGGGGCUGGCUCGCGCUCGCCUUCAAGACGGACAACCCGGGCGCCUGGAUCAUGCACUGCCACAUCGCCUUCCACGCGUCCCAGGGCCUGAGCGUCGACUUCCUCGAGCUCGCCGACCAGAUCCCGGGCGCCAUGGAUCUCGGCGCCAUGGGCCAGAACUGCGAUGCCUGGCGGUCGUACGCGCCCAAGGCGCCAGCCAAGCUCGACUCGGGGCUGUGA